AUGGCCUCUCCCGCAAACACCCUCUUCCGCGCCGCGCGCCCUCUCUUCCGCCAGGCCACCCUCGCUGCGCCCGCCCGACAGGCUUUCCGCCAGCAAGCUUUCCGACAGAACUUCUACCAGGGCAGCGGCCGUCGAUGGCAGAGCACUGAUGGCGCUCAGCAGCAGCAGCAGGGUUGGUUCAAGCGCAUGUGGGAGAGCGAGAUUGGUUUCAAGACCGUCCAUUUCUGGGCUCCUGUCAUGAAGUGGGCUCUUGUCCUCGCCGGUAUCUCCGAUUUCGCUCGUCCCGUUGAGAACCUCUCCUUCACCCAGAACCUGGCCCUGACCUGCACCGGUAUUAUCUGGACUCGCUGGUGCCUCAUCAUCAAGCCCAAGAACUACCUCCUCGCCGCUGUUAACUUCUUCCUCGGACUGGUCGGCCUCGUCCAGAUCACCCGAAUUCUGACGCACGAGUCGGAAAAGAAGAAGUCUCUGGAAGGUGUUGUCGCUGACAUCAAGGCUGACGCCAAGGAGACUAUCAACGAGGUCAAGCCUUAA